UUGGUGCCAGACUCUCAGUUUGAAGCGGAAAGACUACCGACUACAAUGAACGUCGGUCAUACGCGCCCAAUGGCUAGACUUCCAUCGAGUUACAGUGGAAUAUAUCUGUUCCGCGUGAUAUACACAGCCUUUCUUAGCACAGGUUUAUGCAGGGCUCUGUCGCUGACCUCAGAGGGCCCCCAGACCAUAAGGAGGGCCGUGGGCGACCGCGUGACUCUAGGAUGUACCUACGAAUGGGGCGCCUCCGACCGCGGAGACCUGGACAUAGAGUGGUCCCUGGUCAGCCCCGAUACCACCAUGAAAGACCAAAUGCUGCUGUCCUACAGCAAUGGAAAGAAAUACAUCCAUACAUCCACAGAAGGCAUCGACUUCACCGCGACCGACCCCUCUAAGGGGGAAGCUUCACUCUCCAUCGCGGUGCUCUCCCCCCCGCACAGCUCCACCUACCAGUGUAAAGUCAAGAAGUCACCUGGGGUGGACAUGCGCAAGGUGACACUGGUCGUCAUGGAAAAGCCCUCCGUGCCAAAGUGUUGGAAAGAGGUAACCAAUUCUCUGGCAGAGUCGCUCUCAUUGCAAUGCAAGUCCUCGAAGGGAUCCGCGCCAUUAAAAUACACGUGGACGAGAGGGCGGGGAAGCCCGUUCCCGCAAACACUGACACAGAACGGUGUGACCGGACAGCUGUUGAUCCGAAACUAUUCGCUGAGCCUGGCGGGGCUCUACCGCUGCACGGCCUCCAACGACGUGGGGGAGGAGCAGUGCACCAUCCACCUGGCGGACGAAAAACCGCCGAGCCGAGCUGGGGUGAUUGUGGGCUCUGUGGUGGGCUCCAUCCUGCUCAUCACCCUGCUUCUACUCCUCCUCUGGCUCCUGCUGUGUAAGCUCAGCGACCGCCGCCGCAAACAAAAGGAGUUCUCCAAUGAAAUAAGGGAGGAUGCUCCCGCCCCAGAGAGCCGACCUACCAGUCGUUUCACCAACAGAAGCACCAGCCAGUACCGGGGGGGCAGUUACAGCCAUGUAUCCAGGCCAGAGCCUUACUUUAUUGGGGACAGCGAGUUCACUUCCCCCCAAUCCACCACCAGCCCUGGAAGCACAACUUUCAGCUAUUCCGCCAAGUACGGAGAUGUGGUAUGAUUAGGGCACUUAUGCUGCCCUGGUUCCCCAAGAGGAACUGUGUAUUUACACGUGUAUUACUAAUUUAAAGUUUUUACAUUAAAAAUAAUGGAGCAAGCAUUUAUUAGAAAUAAAAUGUGCUUUUUUUCUACAUGUUUCAACACUGUGAAAUCCCAUAUGCAUAUGAAAUAUAUAUAAAUAGUUUUCGUUAUUAUCCAUAUUAGUGAACUAAUUAAACUACACACUUAAUAAUUAUCUUUGGAUCACCAUGCCUUUUUGAGCCAACGCUACACAGAAAGUGCCUAGUUAUGUGUGUGUAUUAAAUAUGAAUAUUCAUAAUUGAAAAUGUGUGUCUUUUUUUGAUUCGUAGUUCGUCAUUUGACACACAAACAGGCUUCGAGCAAAAAAACAUUAAAUCCCAUAUAUAGACAAAAAACAGAAAUAUUUAUUUCAUCAUAGACGUCAUUUUUGAAAUACUCAACCAUUCAAAAAAAUUUACACAAUUAAGUUAUCUUUUUUUCCACGUUUUCAUGAGGAUGUACUGACGGGAGUUGAAAUAUCAACGGCCACAUGCGAUGGUCUCCUUGUUCUCCAUCCACGACACAAACAGAGACAACCCCCCCCCCCCCCCCGUCUCUCUGAGAUUACAUGGAGGCCUACUACAGUGUUCCACCGUCCAAAGCUCUCAAAGCUUUCUCUGAAACAAGACAAGGUGGUAUGACUCGUGAUCGAGGGGCAGUUGGCAUUUGGAACAUAAGAUUAUAAGACAGUCCAAGAGGCUUAGUAUAUCAUCACGACCAUCGCCUUCUUCAGGUCCAUCAGUCUUGGUGAACAGUCAGUGUAAUGGUUUUCAGGUUAUGGUUUUGCUUGCUCCACUGGCUGUUAUGUGGCGUAGUGGGGGGGAUGAGAAGGGUUAGUACAUUUUUCGUCUGUAAUAGACUUUUGAGCUCUCGAGGAGCAUCUUCAAAUGAACAUUGUAUGGGAAUUUUGAACAAUUGCCUUUUAAAAAGUUGUGACUUCACUUUGACUCUGUGAACACUACAUUUUAUACAUUAACAUGAUUACUUUUUUAGUUGAAAGGUUUCAUUAGAAAAUGCUGCAUUUAUAUUUCCUCCCCAUGAACAGCGACAGUCUGACCCUUAUAGGACUGUUCAACUUCAACAACAUACAGUCGUUUUAAGAUUAAGAAUACGUUUGAAUUCAAUAAAUUAAUCCUUUUAGCAGUUGGUUUGACCAAUAUCUCUAACUGGACAUGUAUUAUUCGAUGUACUGUUUCAUGUCAUGUUUUACUACAUUUCCCAACAACAAGAAAACCUGUAAACAAGCUUUGAAAAUGACAUCAGAAACCACGGUCUGUGUACUACUUAACAGAGAAGUGGGAGAAGUACCCCGACAUCAGAACAGGCCGAGACGGAAACUUUGACGGCACUUUGAAAAAUACUGGAGAAAAAAAUAAACGGAUACACAAAGAUGUUUACUGCUGAAUAUCCACCAAACCAAAGUGGGUACUUCUGCCUCCUGGGCAGUUAACUAGUUCACAGACAGUGUUGUAACUUCAUGUUUAAAUAACACUGGUUUCCACCAGUCCACAAGGUGCCAAAAAAAACUCAAUCACACAAGGAACAUGAUUAAUGUCAUCCCACCACCACCACCACCACCACCAGCAGCUCUGAUGGUCUGUAAUUAAAGGAACAAACUAGAAAGACAGAAUUCCAUGCAGACAACAAAAAAAAAUUGAAUUUGGCUUGAGAGAGUUUGAGACAGUCCAGUAUUUUUGUACCCUUCUUUUUUUUCUUUUGUAUAAUCAACAAACACAUUUAGAUUCUGUGCAAAGCAAAAACUGAAAAACAAGAGCAUCUACAUUUGAAAGAGUGGCAUGGUAUGAGUUAUAAGUCGGUGAAAACUGCUCCAGUCCAGAUGAAAACCAACACCAGGCCCGAUGUGAACCACAUACCGUUGUUGUUUAGACUCAUAACACCGUCCCUCCAUGUUUUAAUCUCAGCAACCGUUCUCUGUCUAUGGUUGUCCACUCCAGUUACAUUUAGUACUCCGACAAGAUCUUCUAUCUUGUUUUCCAGGGUUUUUUUCCCUUGGAAGUGAAGCUGACAUUGGUUGAUAAGUGACUCGCCCCUUAUUCCAGAUGUUUUACAGUAGUCUUAUUGGGGUCGGAGUGACUUUAUAGGGGAAGAGGAGGAAGUGACAAGUUAGUGGGUUCUUGGUUAGUUGAUGUUGAGUUUCUGAGAACAAUGACCAUUCUUCAAAGGCACUGUACUGUACAUUGGUCAGGAUGUGGUUGUAAGUGUGUGUGUGUGUGUGUGUGUGUGUGUGUGUGUGUGUGUGUGUGUGUGUGUGUGUGUGUGUGUGUGUGUGUGUGUGUGUGUGUGUGUGUGUGUGUGUGUGU